UGGAAAUGUAAGGAGUUCCAGACUCCUGGACAAAAUGGGAUCAGUUUCCCCCUUAGUCACUGUCCUUUCCCCUCUCUGAUGGCUUCCUGUCUAACUGGCUGGGGGUGAUUCUGGAAUGACUCAGGGACACCCUACACACCCCCGGAUUCUUUGAAAAUGGCCAGGAAUGAUACAUUACAUACCCUGGCCACAUGAACCAGCGGGAAGGGGGAAAGUUGUCGCACACCUGGUGGGGUGGGGGUAGGGGGACUUGCCUACCACCCCUCCGCCGGUGUGGCCACAGAGGGAUUCUGGGGUGUGUGAAGGGCCUGGGGAUACGAGGGCCAGACCUGCCUGGCCCUACUCCUGCCUCUACCCCAUCCCCAGCUGAGCCCUGCAGUCUGGCCCCAGGCCAGCAGCAGGCUCAGCAGGUCCCAAGGGGUGUGGUGCGGGCCGGUGGUGGAGCCAGCCUACAUCAGCCAGGCAGUCUGCGAGGCAGCAGUCCAUCGGGAGCGGCUGAGCUCACGGCAGCCGGAGCGUGGAAAGGCAGCACGGCCAUGAGCCCUCUGCUAUACUAUGCCCUGCCCACCCUGGGCAGCUAUGUCAUGCUCUCCAUCUUCUUCCUACGCCGGCCUCGCCUGCUGCACACCCCGUGGUUUCGAGCCUUCUGUCCCCGCCUGGGGGCCCACCGGGGAGGAUCUGGAGAGCGCCUGGAGAACACCAUGGAGGCCAUGGAGAACUCCAUGACCCAGAGAGCUGACCUCCUGGAGCUUGACUGCCAGCUGACUCGGGAUGGCGUCGUGGUAGUGUCACACGACAAGAACCUGUCCCGCCAGUCUGGCGUGAACAGGGAUAUUGGCAGCCUGGACUUUGAGGAGCUGCCCCUCCUCAAGGAAGAGCUGGAGGUUUACUUCUCACCAGGCCACUUCACACAUGGGUCAGACCGGCACAUGGUGCGUCUGGAGGACGUGUUCCGGAGGUUUCCGAGGACGCCCAUUAGCGUGGAAAUCAAAGAGGAAAAUGAAGAGCUCAUUUACAAGGUGGUGCUGCAGGCAGGGACAGCAGACCUGGUGAGGAACUUUGACCGCAAUGAAAUCACCAUCUGGGCCUCAGGGAAGAGCUCAAUUAUGAAGAAGUGCAAGGCUGCUAACCCUGAGAUGCCCACCUCCCUCACAUUAAGCCGAGGACUCUGGGUGCUGCUGCUCUAUUACCUGGGGCUGCUGCCCUUCAUCUCCAUCCCCGAGAAGUUCCUCAUCUGCUUCCUGCCCACCAUCAUCAACAGGACCUACUUCCCAUUUCCCUGUUCUGGGCUGAAUCAGCUGGCAGCUGUGGUUUCCAAAUGGCUCAUCAUGAGGAAAAGUCUGAUCCAACACCUGGAGCAGCGAGGGGUACAGGCGGUUACACUUUGGAGAGCUGCUAGACGUCUGUGAACCUCAGUUACCCAGUAAAAUGGGAACAAUAGCGGAAGCUGCCUCCCAGGAUUGCUGUGAGGAUUAAGGGAGUGGGGCACCAGUGCUGGGUAAAGGCAGAUAAUUAUGACUAUUAUUUUCCUGGAGUGUGCAUCCAGACACCAUCCCGCUCCUAACCCCAUGCCAGGUCAGGUACCUCAGAUCGUCGCCCCCUCAAAGACCGCAGGAGGCCAAGGAGGGGACGACUAGACCCAGGCCGCGGGGCUGGCCAGCU